GUUUUAAUGCCGCAAGGUUGUUCUUGCUGUUUAUCAACAUGAAAACAAACCAAAAAAUGAAAAGUAAAAUUGUCCUUGGUUUUAAUUUUACUUUCUGUGUUUGUAACUUGCAUAGAUGACUGCCAAUUUGUUUAAGAUCCGAGCAUUUUCAGAAGUCUAUCAGAAACUGAUGAUCCCAAGUUCACCAGAGGUAACAAAUCGGAUUAUAACCUAUUUGGAAAAAAAGAAGGCAAAACCCUUUAAGCUGGCUGUUGAUGUUGCUUGUGGGACAGGAAGGUCGACUCGGCCACUGGCUCCUCAUUUUGAGAAGGUGAUUGGAAUAGACAUUAGUGAGAGUCAAAUACAGGAAGCGAGAAGACAUACUCAAGAGCAGAAUGUUACUUAUCAGGUUGCAUCAGCCCAUAAAAUGCCACUGGAAGAUGACUCGGUGGAUCUAAUUAAUGGAAAUCUUGCAGUUCACUGGUUUGACAUAGACAAAUUUAUGGAGGAAGCAGCUCGUGUUUUGAAUAUUAAUGGCUGUAUGGCCUUGCAUGCCUUUGUGCCAAAAUUUGAGAUUCACUAUAAGGACAUGUCAGAGACUCUAACAGCCAUCAUUAACGAGGGAUUUAACAAUAUUUUCAAAUAUGGAGGAAAGGCACUUGCUCUUAUGUGGUCUGAAUAUAAAGAGAUAUUUGAAGCUGUACCAUUUUCUGAUAAACAGAGGAUCACUGGCAUACAUGACAUGUUUCUGGUUACAGUAGAAGAUGUAUUGGGUUUUUUUAAAGCAAGUUUUUUGUACCAGGAUUUUCUGAGAAAGGACAGAGACAGAGCAAUUCAGUUUUUGCAAAAUAUAGAGGAACGGUUAUUCAAUAUUUUGGGAGAAUCUGAUAAUCAAAUCAAUAUGGAGUUUCACUUGGAAUAUUUCUGUGUUCUGGCGAGCAAAACAUGAAUACAAUCGAACAAGGCUAAAGGCACAUAAAUUUGGAUGAUAAUGCUUUUGCAAAAAAGGCAUAAAAAGCAUGAUUACAGCAAGUGUGUAUUUACUUUAUGUUAC